UCUGUUUGCCAACAGAGACUUCAAGUGAAAGUAUUAAAACUAGUGGACGUCUCUUAUGGCGGCGAAAAUGGCUUCAAUCAAGCGAUUGAAUUAUCGGCCGAAGUCUUGUCUAAUGUUAAGUUUAUUCAAGAGAAGAAACUCAUCGGUCGUUAUUUCGAUGAGAUAUCUCAAGACACGGGCAAAUACUGCUUCGGAGUGGAGGACACAUUGAAAGCACUAGAGAUGGGUUCCGUUGAGAUACUGAUCGCGUGGGAAAACCUGGAUAUCAUGAGAUUUAUGCUGAAGAACGCAAACACCAAUGAGGAGAAGAUCCUGCACUUGACUCCGGACCAGGAAAAGGAUAAAAGCCAUUUCGUAGACAAAGACACGGGCGUAGAGUUAGAACUGUUAGAGUCGAUGCCUUUACUCGAAUGGUUGGCUAAUAAUUAUAAGCAAUUCGGGGCAACACUUGAAAUCAUUACCGAUAGGUCUCAAGAGGGCUCGCAAUAUGUUAAAGGGUUUGGCGGUAUAGGAGUGUUAUAA